UUGAAAAGAAGGGGAGAGAUUGCAAUGGCGGGUGCAAUUUUAUCCUCCAUCAUCAAAUGGAUGAUCGGCAACAUACCUGCAUCACUUGGCUCGGCACUCUCAUCCCAGCAAGGCAGUGUUCACGAGGAUCUGUCCAAGAUGGAGGGAACACUGUCAAGGAUUCAAGCAGUUCUCAGCGAUGCAGAGGAGAGGGAGAUAAGAGAUGAAGCAGUGAAACUCUGGCUGAAAGAGCUAAAAGACUUGGCUUACCUUGCUGAGGAUGUUUUAGCUGAGUAUGGGUAUGAGUUUCUGCGAAUCAAAGCUGAGGGUGGAGAUCUACCACGACCUGCAACCAGGAAAAGAAAGUUGGAGGCAAGAAAAUUGGUUGCUACUACUGUUCUUCCAACCCAAAUUGCAAUUCCAGGUGGCAUACAAAGUAGGAUCAAGGAUAUUAGCAUAAGAUUUGAUGAGCUCGCAGAAGAACGGAAAGCCCUGAGUCUUAAAGAUAACAUUGGAGUGAGCAGAUCUAGUGUACCAGUUCAGCCUCCGCAAAGCACCCCAUAUGUAGAUGAAUCUUGUGUUUAUGGAAGAGAAGAAGAUAAGAAAAAAAUUGUAGAAAUGCUGGUAUCAGAGAAAGGCAGUGCAGACAAAUUAUCCGUCAUACCCAUCAUCGGCAUGGCUGGGAUUGGAAAGACCACCCUGGCUCAACUCGUUUACAAAGAUCCAACAGUACGCCAAUGCUUCAACACAAGAGUAUGGGUCAGUGUCUCAGUAGAUUUUGAUGUGAUCAAAAUAUACAAAGCUAUCAUAGAAAGCAUUACUCAGGAAAAAUGUGACCUCACAGAACUAAGCUCACUACAAUCUGUUCUCAAGGAAGAAUUGGUGGGAAAGAGACUACUGCUUGUUCUGGAUGAUGUUUGGACUGAAGACAUAAACCUUUGGGAUAGCUUAAGAGUGGCUUUCAUCAGUGGAGGACGGUGCAAAUUCCUUGUCACCACUCGUAACGAGUCAGUGGCAAGGAUUAUGCAAACAGUGAUUCCAUAUCAGCUUGCUGGCCUGACUGAAGAUCAAGCUUGGUCGUUGUUCAAGCAGUAUGCACUUGAGAACCGAGACCCUGACAGCAGCCGCAACCUGGAAGAAAUUGGCAUGAAGAUAGUUCAAAAGUGCAAAGGCUUGCCAUUGGCUAUAAAGAACCUUGGAGGGCUUCUUUACUAUGAAGAAGACAAAGAUAAGUGGGAAGACAUCUUGCAAAGUGAUUUAUGGGAACUAGACGAGGAAGAUGAUGGUAUUCUGCCUGCACUGAGAGUAAGCUACCAUCGCAUGCCUACACAUCUAAAACCAUGCUUCAUGUACUGCGCCUUGUUUCCAAAAAAUUAUUUGUUCGAGAAGGAUGAAUUGAUCAAAUUGUGGAUGGCUCAAGGCCUUAUCCCAUUCGUGGAAACAAGACGAGCUGAAGACAUAGGAAAGAAGUAUUUUGAUGACUUACACAGACGGUCGUUCUUUCAAUUGUCUCCAAUUGAUGAGGAAUUACCUUUGAUUCGUUCAUCCCUCCAGUUGUCACUGACAGGUAGCGAAAACCUGCAGAAGAAAACAUCCUUUAUCAUCUCACAACAUGAGGACCAGCAAUUGUUUCUGAUGCAUGACCUCAUCUGCGAUCUAGCACGAUCAAUUGCAGGCGAAGAAUGCAGUGUUAAUAAGGAUGAGAAGGUGAGCUACAUCACCAAUGAAGCCAGCCAUCUAUCUCUGAUUCCAUAUGAAGCCAAAGCUGACAUCCAAUUUGAACCUCUGAAGGAGGAGAACAGAAGGAUUAGAUCACUGCUCUACGUAAAUACAAAGGUAAAAACUUUGAACGGAGGAGGUAUCGGUGAUGUCUGCCAGAAUGUGAGGUUGUGUAGUGAUCUGUUCCGGAUGUUACCAUGUUUGCGGGUGAUUGAUCUGAGCUAUACCAGAAUCAAGCAGCUUCCAAGUUCCAUCGGUCAGCUGAAACUGCUAUGCUAUCUUGGUCUCCGGGGAAGUACAAUAAAAGGGUUACCUAACUCUUUAGGUAGUCUAUAUUACCUGCAGACACUGGAUUUGAAGUACUGCAGGAGCCUCCAAGAACUACCCAAUGGGGUUGUCAAGCUCAUUAAUCUGCGGCAUUUGGAGCUUCCAACAAAGGACUUUGCAGCUUGUGUUAGUCUACCAUCAGGGAUCGGAACUCUUACUAGACUUGAGACCCUUUCAGCAUUUAAUGUCAACAGGCACUGUAGAAUUGAUGAAUUGAAGCAGCUGAGAAAUCUUAGAGGACAUCUUGGCAUAGCAGGGCUUCAGAAUGUUGCCAGUGGAAAGGAAGCCAGCAUAGCAGAUUUGAAGGCCAAAGAGCAUUUACAAACAUUGGCAUUAAUAUGGAAUUCUGAGAAAAGCACCCAAGCAAGUAGUUCUCAGGGUCCUGGUGAGCAACAUAGUGAUGGAUCUACCCUCAACACAGGCAGCAUCACAGAGACCUCCAGCUUUCUGGCAGAUGGUAUUCUUCAAAACCUCCAACCAUACAGAAACCUCAGGCACCUCAUCCUGCGAGGUUAUUGUGGCAUGAGAUUCCCAAGCUGGUUAGGAGAUCCUUCAUUCUCUAGACUGAACUCCAUUGCACUUACAAAAUGCCAUAGUUGCAAGCUCCUCCCACCACUUGGUCAGUUACCAUGCCUCCAAAAUCUCUUGAUAGGUAACAUGGAUGGGAUCCAACAUGUUGGCUGUGAGUUCUGCGGCCACAGCAGUACGAGUUCCUCUAUAGCAUUUCGAGCACUGGACACACUAGACUUAGAAUGUUUGAACCAGUGGGGGGAGUGGACUGGUGUCGAGGAUGGUGACUUUCCUUGCCUCCGAAGAUUAGUCAUUAAACAUUGCUCGAAGCUAAAUGGGCUACCCCUCCUCCCAACUUCACUGGAAAUAUUAGAGAUGGAGAAUGUUGAAGCAAUAACUGCACUCCCCAAACUCUCUUCAGUCAAAAGUCUGGAUUUGCAAGGGAAAUGGAAUGAGAAUCUCUGGGCAUCCACCUUAGAACUCCAAUCUCUUCAUUCCUUAGAAAUUUCAUGGUCUGAGGACUUAAGCAUCCUUCACCUUCAUGGAAGCCUCAAUGCUCUAAACAAUUUGGAAAUAAGUGAUUGCAUGAAUCUUAAUUUAAUUGUCGAGCUGCACAAAAUCACUUCUCUUGAGCACUUGAGAUUGCAUGCCUUGCCUAAAUUCCAGUUCUCACCAGAUGAUCGUCUGCCACCCACCCUUCUGUCCCUCGACAUUACAAGCUGCCCAAACUUGACAUCCCUUACUCUGUACCAGCCUCUGUCUGCUCUACGGGAGCUUUCAAUCACAACUUGUGAACAGCUUUCAACAUUGAUGUGUCUACAGAACCUCAAUUCCCUUGAGAGCUUGACAUUAGAUAUGUGUCCUGAGCUCUUCCUAAAUUCUGAUGAUGUGCUGCCAUUCACUCUUCAGUACUUGGAAAUUUCAUCCUGUAACAAACUGAGUGCUCUACCUAGGCUGCAUGAGAAUCUAUCAGCACUGAAGGAACUACAUAUUGAAGGUUGUGAGGAGCUUACAACUGCUGUGGGUCUUUGCAACCUCACCUCCCUUGAGCUGAUGGUGAUAGCAUUCUGCCCUAAAUUUCAUUUCUUACCUGAUGAACAGCUGCCAAACUCCACCCUCGAUAUUGAAAUUGAAGAUUGUCCAAGGUUAACAGAGUGGUGUCAAAGACAUGGUAUCAAACAAAAGAAUAAUGAUUGGGAAGAUGUGGACUUUGAUGAUGAGUGGGAGAGACAUUCCAAAAGUCAAGAGUAUGAAAGUGAGGAGAACUGAAUGGAGUACAAAGACAUUGAUAAGGGUGACUAAUCAACAUUUUGGAAUGCACUAGUUGUGCAUGUGAUGGAAUGCAACAGUAACUAGUAUGUCAAUUUGCUGAAAAGACUUCUAAAAGCAUGAACACAGUGACACUGGAGUGACUGGACCAAACAAGCAUGAUGUUCAUUUGAUGAUCUAGGUCUAGGUCCUAACCAUUUGAUGCAAGGAAUUUUACAUCCAU